AAGCAGAGGAGCGAAGCCAGCACUCAGAGACAUCAUCACCACUACUCCGGUCUGAUGAACCUCGAUGAAAAGACGCAGGCUGAACUAUGACAAGUUCUUCUCCACACGCGUAAUUACGCACAUCGGCCGCGUUUUCUAUCUUUAACGGUCUUUCUGUGUAAAGGAUGCUGGAACCCGAGGAGUGACAAUGACGUCCAGUCAUAAGAUUUCCUUCUCUAUAAUUGACAUAUUGGAUCCGAACAAAUUCAACAGCAAAAGGGCAAAUGAACUUUCAGUCGCGAAGGAUAAGUCGCCUGUGCCAGAUGCAGAAAGAACAAGUUUGGAGUUGGACACCACUGAAGCCGGAGACUUCAGAGUGGAGCACACAGAAGCAGGAGAAGAAGCAAGAGAUGUACAAUCUCCUCUCUCCAGGCAUCGAGCUGUUAUUGCUGACCCUCUUCUGCUCCCCCCACCCGCCGACACAGAGCCCAGUCUCACCGGGGAGCAGGAGGAUUCGGACAGGGAGUCAGCGGUCAUCCUACAGGACCCCUCACCACACAAGCGGCGGCGCCACGACCAGGCCUGCGCCAAACCACGGCGCGCCAGAACAGCGUUCACUUACGAACAGCUCGUGGCUCUGGAAAACAAGUUCCGCGCCACUCGUUACCUGUCCGUGUGCGAGAGACUAAACCUGGCCCUGUCAUUAAGUCUUACCGAGACCCAGGUGAAAAUCUGGUUCCAAAACAGGAGGACCAAAUGGAAAAAGCAGAACCCUGGGGCGGACAGCACCUUGCAGCCAGGCUCCAACUCCCUGGUGAACGUCAGUCCAAACCCGGGCACCUGCGGGUCAAGCUCCGCCAACUUCCACCAAACUUUCUCCAACUUCAGCUCUGGGAACGUGAUCUUCCACACCGCCGGUGGAGUUCCGCUCUCAUCCACUGGGGGGCUCCUGCAUCCGUUCAUGUCCAGUGGAUUCGUCCAGCCGACUUAUUUUAACCCACACCUAUAAAUUACACAGAGACUGAUACGUCGCAGCUGGCUAUACUUUGGGGAAAUAUGUGUUCUUUUUACACUGGGGGACAAAAUAACAGCGUUACUGCCCAAAUAUAAUUGUACCUGUUUUAUUUCGUGUUCCAAAUUACCAAACAGGUUUACAUUGAAGGCAGUUUAAACAAGUUCAAGAAGGUUAUUGACUGUCUGUAAUAUUUAUCCAUCUGAACAGAAUGAUUGCAAAGUGCCAUUAAGUGAGCGAGCUCAACAGUUAUUUAAACAUUUAAAGUGGUCUAAAGUUUUGUCUGUCUGUCUGUCCUUGUAUUUGCCGGCACACCUCCUCACAGCAUCUUUGGCAGCAAACAGCGAGAUUUCUGCAUCAGUGUACAUCUGAAACUGUGACAUAAUGCAACAUCGUUUCUACCUCUCAAAGGCUUGCACAUGUUGCCGUUUAUACAACACUGUCCAUGUAACUUAAUUAAA